AUGUAUCCCGUAGAUCUCAGCCAGUUUUCGCAGACCUGCAAGUGCUUCUACGACCUCCUCCGUGAACAGAGAAAGGCUGCCACAUUGAAACACUCUGGUAUUAUUCAGAAGGACUAUACACCAGGUGCUCUGUCAUCCUGGACGGUAACUCCGGAGUGUGCUUGCCUGGGAUCAAGCAAUACACCUGAUGAAACGCCAGCCUCUCACUUGGUCUUGGCCAUACGCGAGGGACGCGUCGGAGCUCUUCGAAAUUAUCUAGAAGCAGGGAUCGAUCCCAAUGGCUUUUGGUGGAAGUCUCGACUGCCAAGUGACGCUUGCUGCCCCUGCUUUGACAAUAUAGACUGCAUUAAGCUUCUCUUGGAAUGUGGAGCUGAUUCAGCGCUGGAGGACGAGAGAGGAAAUGCUCAUGACGUUAGACAUAAGACACUGUUGAUUCGCGCAUAUCUGAAUGUAUUUAGGUCUAGUUUGAGAACUUUCAGCUGGCCGGGACACCCCAUGUUUUGGCGUAAUUGGAGGCCUGAGUAUGACAAGGUAACUCGUCUCAUAAAGGCAGGAAUUAAGAUCACGAAUACCAUCGAGGCGGGCCACAUACUUAUGCAGGCCAACGCCCUCGACGCCCUCAAGCUGGCGGUUGAACUUGGGUCUGACCUUUCCAAACUCAAGCAAUACGCGACAGGCAGAACAACCUUAUCGUCUACACUUUGCGCAAUGCAGCCAUUAGGCAUCGGGAAUGUGAAUCUCGAGCAGCACACUGAUUCAAAUGAUGAGUCCCACGACCAAAUACUGGAAAUACCUCCUGCGACAGCGCACGAACCUAUCCAUGAUAUUGAGGACCUAGACCGAACCAGGCAGAUCGGCGAAUUUUCCGUCUACCUUUAUUAUGCCCGAGCCAUGGGCCCUUUACUUUGUGUCCUGUUCCUUGUCGCUCAUGCCUUUCUAGCCUUUGCGGAGAGCUUUCCGCGAGUCUGGCUCAGCUGGUGGACCCAGGCAAACAGUAACCAGCUUCCAAUAUACCAGUCCGUCUACGUCGCUUUCGCGCUGGCUGCCUCCCUGCUCAUUAUAAUUUCCAUCUGGGUCGUCUUCCUAGAACUGAUGCCGAGAUCUGCCGUUCGCCUGCAUCAGUUCCUACUUGAUGCUGUUAUCCAUGCACCUUUGUUGUUUUUCGCCUCCACCGAUUCUGGAAUUACCCUCAACCGCUUCAGCCAAGAUAUGACACUGGUAGAUCUCGCUCUGCCGAUCGCGUUGAUGUCUUUAGGUCAAUCCUACUUCGGAUGCGUUGCAACUAUUGGUUUAAUCGCCACCGGCUCCGCGUACAUGGCUAUCACAAUUCCCUUGGCCCUUGCUGUUCUCUACGUGCUGCAAAAGAUCUAUCUGAAGACCAGUCGCCAAUUGCGGUAUCUUGACCUAGAGGCUAAAAGCCCCUUGUACUCUCACUUCGUUGAGACCCUUGACGGACUGCCCACCAUUCGGGCGUUUGGCUGGCAGUCGGCCUCAACCAGUGCUCGUGAAACAUUAAGAUGCGUCGUAAAAGCCAUACUACAUGCUCAUCUGCACCCAGAGAUGGCUGAACCCGGAUUUAAUCAGUUACUUUCUUCUUUUAUCUCUUCGUGGACGCAGUUCGAGACUUCCCUUGGGGCUAUCGCUCGGGUUAAAUCGUUUGUUGAGAAUACUCCGUUUGAAUAUCGGGGGGAGGGUCGGCGUCUGCCUGAGUUUUGGCCUGAGAAAGGCAGUAUCGAUAUCCAGGAUGUUUGCGUAGAUUAUGCGGAUUGGAGUACCGCGUUACGUGAUGUUUCGAUGGUCAUUGCUCCAGGGGAGAAGGUUGGUAUUUGCGGUCGGACUGGGAGCUCUCUCAUUCUCGCUCUACUCCGUCUCGUCAACCCAGCCUGCGGCAAAAUUCUCAUCGACGGACAUGAUACGAGUACCAUCUCCUCAGAAACAAUCCGAGAGCGUCUUAUUGCUGCCCCCCAAGACCCUUUCAUUCUCGCGGGCUCCAUCCGAUAUAACGUCGACCUAAACGGCACCGCCACCGACGGAGAAAUUAUCACUGUACUUCAGCACGUCGGCAUCUGGGAAGCCAUUGAAACUCGCAGCGGUCUGGAUGCCGUCCUCCACGGUCAACCCUUAUCGCAGGGCGAGCAACAGCUACUGUAUCUGGCUCGGGCGCUUCUAAAGCAACGAGCUAGCAGGAGUGGAUGCCCGGUAGUUAUCUUAGAUGAGGCGACGAGUAGCGUCGAUAGGGAGACAGACUGUCGGAUUCAGCGGGUUCUGAAGGAUGUGUUUCGGGAGUGUACGGUUGUGAGUGUUGCUCAUAGGUUGGAUACGAUCAUUGAUUUCGAUAGGCUUCUGGAGAAGAACAGCCUGUUUCGACGCAUGUAUGGGAAGUCAGAAGCAUCUACUCCGUAG